GUCGCUGUUUGCACCCGAAAGUACGAUAAAGUCGCCAAGAUUUUCGACCGCCAGUACCAUUCACCCUCCAAGGUGUUGAAGUUGGAGGACGACCCUUGGGGGUCAUGUGCGAUGUAUUCGCCGGACAAGAUGAAGUCCGGCGGGGGGCUGAUGGCGCCCCCCGGGUGCUUCCCGGGCCGGUACAGCCCCACGUACCGGAGCUCGGACCCGCGCCGGUGCGUGCCCAACCCGUCGAUGUGUUGUAAUAAAAAGUGUGCAUCCAUUGAAAGUCGAAUCCUGGAGGAUGCCUCGCUCAUGUGCAACUCGUGGUCACCACGUCACAAUGGCGAUCUAUUCGGCGGGCUGAACGACGGCCUCCUGAGCAGAGCCGAGGCGCUGGCGGCAGUGGACAUCGGCAAGCACCAGUCCGGCCCGCAGCCGGGGCCCCCGCUCCCCCAACUCAAGCACGACAUGGUCUACCACCACGGUGUCGGGGGCCCGCCACCUCACAACGCGAGACCGCAUCAGUCUAACCCGUUUAGUGACAUGGGCCACCACGGCAUGGAGGGCCUCGACAUGCUGGACCCUCUGACGUCGUCGUCGAUGACCACGCUCGCGCCGAUGGGCGAGGGCGCGCCGCCACACCACCAGCUGCACGGCUACGGUGCCAUGAACCACGUGAUGAACCACCACCACCACGCCGGCGGGCUCGGCCACGCGCCUCCCGCACACCUCGGACACCCCGCAGCCGCACUGCACCCAGACACAGAUACCGACCCGCGCGAACUUGAAGCCUUCGCCGAGCGGUUCAAACAGAGAAGAAUCAAACUUGGCGUCACGCAGGCAGACGUCGGCAAAGCGCUGGCGAAUCUUAAACUACCCGGCGUGGGCGCGCUGUCCCAAAGCACUAUAUGCCGCUUCGAGAGUCUCACACUCAGUCACAACAACAUGAUUGCGCUGAAGCCGAUCCUGCAGGCGUGGCUCGAAGAGGCGGAGGCGCAGGCGAAGAACAAGCGGCGGGACCCGGAUGCACCCAGCGUGCUCCCCGCAGGCGAAAAGAAGCGCAAGCGGACGUCCAUAGCGGCGCCGGAGAAGCGGAGUCUCGAGGCGUAUUUUGCAGUGCAGCCUCGACCCUCCGGCGAAAAGAUCACGGCAAUCGCGGAGAAACUCGACCUGAAGAAGAAUGUGGUGCGCGUGUGGUUCUGCAACCAGCGGCAGAAACAGAAGCGCAUGAAGUUCGCGGCGCAGCACUGA